UCUAUUGGAGGUGAAGGACCGCCUGUCCCCUCUCUGCCUGGGCUGUCAAUGGCUUUCGGGACGUGUUUUAUUUGAAUGUCUGGGCGAUAUAAGUGACCAAUAAUGGAUAUUCUAUGGAUAUUAUGGACCAUACCGGCCGUAAUAGCUGUUGAAGAGACACUUAUGGACUCCACUACAGCCACAGCGGAGCUCGGCUGGACGGUCUACCCCGUGUCAGGCACGAGUGACAAUAGCUGGGAGGAGGUGAGCGGGUAUGAUGAAAACAUGAACACCAUCCGGACGUACCAGGUCUGCAAUGUUUUCGACAACAAUCAGAACAACUGGGUACGGACAAAGUACAUCCGCCGUCGUGGCGCUCAGCGGAUCCACGUGGAGAUGAAGUUCUCGGUGAGGGACUGCAGUAGCAUUCCCAAAGUGCCAGGCUCCUGUAAAGAGACGUUUAACCUGUAUUACUAUGAAUCUGACGCCGACACAGCCACCAGGACCUCGCCGGCCUGGAUGGAGAAUCCCUGGAUCAAAGUCGACACCAUCGCGGCAGAUGAGAGCUUCUCUCAAGUGGACCUAGGGGGCAGAGUGAUGAAGAUCAACACUGAGGUUCGGAGCUUCGGCCCAGUGUCACGAAAUGGCUUCUACCUGGCCUUCCAGGACUACGGUGGCUGCAUGUCGCUCAUCGCUGUGCGAGUCUUUUACCGGAAGUGCCCUCGAAUCAUCACCAACGGGGCGCUGUUCCAGGAGACGCUCUCAGGAGCGGAGAGCACCUCCCUGGUGGCUGCAAGAGGUGUUUGCAUCCCCAAUGCAGAGGAGGUGGAUGUGCCCAUUAAGCUGUACUGCAACGGAGAUGGAGAGUGGAUGGUACCCAUCGGACGCUGUAUGUGCAAGGCUGGGAACGAGGCUGUGGAGAACGGGACUGUUUGUCGAGCCUGUCCGUCAGGCUAUUUCAAGCCGACUCAAAAAGAUGAGCCCUGUAUGCAGUGUCCCAUCAACAGCCGCACCACCAGCGAAGGCGCCAUCAACUGCGUUUGCCGCAACGGAUACUACCGCACCGACUCAGAUCCUCUCCAGAUGCCAUGCACAACCGUCCCCUCAGCUCCUCAGACCGUUAUCUCCAGCGUGAACGAAACCUCUGUGAUGCUGGAGUGGACGUCUCCUCGGGAUUCGGGGGGCCGCGAGGACGUCGUCUUCAACAUCAUCUGCAAGAGCUGUGGCGGAGGCCGGGGAGGCUGCACCCGCUGCGGGGACAACGUUCAGUUUGUGCCCCGUCAGCUGGGCUUGACGGAGCCCCGGGUCUUCAUUAGUGACCUGCUGGCCCACACACAGUACACGUUUGAGGUGCAGGCUGUCAACGGGGUGUCAGAUCAGAGCCCCUACUCCCCUCAGUACGCCUCAGUCAACAUUACCACUAACCAGGCUGCUCCGUCCACAGUGUCCAUAAUGCACCAGGUCAGCCGCACUGUGGACAGCAUCACCCUCUCCUGGUCCCAGCCUGACCAGCCGAACGGAGUCAUCCUGGACUAUGAGCUGCAGUAUUAUGAGAAGGACCAAUCAGAAUAUAACGCUACGGCUGUCAGGAGCCAGACCAACACAGCGGUCAUCCGCGGCCUCAAGCCAGGAAGCAUCUACGUGUUCCAGGUCCGGGCCCGCACCGUCGCCGGCUUCGGACGUUACAGUGGCAAACUGUACUUCCAGACCAUGACUGAGGAGGAAUACAACACCAGUAUUCAGGAGAAGCUACCUCUCAUUAUUGGCUCGGCAGCAGCUGGGUUGGUCUUCCUCAUCGCUGUGGUCGUCAUCAUCAUCGUCUGUAACCGGAGGCGUGGCUUUGACAGGGCUGAUUCAGAAUACACGGACAAGCUGCAGCACUACACCAGCGGCCACAUGACUCCAGGAAUGAAGAUUUAUAUUGAUCCGUUCACAUAUGAGGACCCCAACGAGGCUGUGAGGGAGUUUGCCAAGGAGAUUGAUAUAUCCUGCGUGAAGAUUGAACAGGUCAUUGGUGCAGGAGAGUUUGGAGAGGUGUGCAGCGGGAACCUGAAGCUCCCGGGUAAAAGGGAGAUGUUUGUGGCCAUUAAAACUCUGAAGUCUGGCUACACUGAGAAGCAAAGACGGGACUUCCUCAGCGAGGCCAGCAUCAUGGGCCAGUUCGACCAUCCUAACGUCAUCCACCUGGAGGGCGUGGUCACCAAGAGCAGUCCUGUCAUGAUCAUCACUGAGUUCAUGGAGAAUGGAUCUCUGGACUCCUUCCUCAGACAAAACGACGGGCAGUUCACUGUGAUCCAGCUCGUUGGUAUGCUCCGCGGCAUCGCCUCGGGCAUGAAAUACCUGGCCGACAUGAACUACGUGCACCGCGACCUCGCUGCCCGAAACAUCCUGGUCAACAGCAACCUUGUGUGCAAGGUGUCGGACUUCGGUCUGUCGCGCUUCCUGGAGGAUGAUACAUCAGACCCCACCUACACCAGUGCUCUGGGAGGGAAGAUUCCUAUCCGAUGGACUGCGCCCGAAGCUAUCCAGUACAGGAAGUUCACCUCUGCCAGCGAUGUGUGGAGCUACGGGAUCGUCAUGUGGGAAGUCAUGUCCUACGGAGAGAGGCCUUACUGGGACAUGACCAAUCAAGACGUCAUCAACGCCAUAGAGCAGGACUACCGGCUGCCCCCACCCAUGGAUUGUCCCAGCGCGCUGCACCAGCUCAUGUUGGACUGCUGGCAGAAGGACCGCAACAACCGGCCCAAGUUCAGUCAGAUCGUCAACAACCUCGACAAGAUGAUCCGCAACCCCAACACGCUAAAGGCCAUGACCCCGUUAUCUUCAGGUGUUCAUCUCCCUCUCCUGGACCGCAGCAUCCCAGACUUCUCCAGCUUCAGCACUGUGGACGAGUGGCUGGAUGCCAUCAAGAUGGGCCAGUACAAAGACAAUUUCGCCAGCGCUGACUUUUCUACAUUUGAUGUGGUGUCCCAGAUGACCAUGGAUGACAUCCUGAGGGUGGGGGUGACGUUAGCGGGCCAUCAAAAGAAGAUCCUCAACAGCGUCCAGAUGAUGCGGGCACAGAUGAACCAGAUCCAGUCGGUGGAGGUUUGACCCUCCCGAGCGGAGCAGAGGGGGGUAAAAAAAAAAGAAGAAAAAAAAAAAGAAAAAGGCGGUUGGGAUGCAGGGCUCUGGGUGCGGAGGAUGGAGUGGAUGUUUUUUCGCAUUACAGUGUGUCUGGUCUUCCCACCGGACUACCAUUCAUCCCCCGUUCCCCCUCUCCACUUCCCUCUCUCCUUCCUCUCACCCCCUCACCCUGACUCUCCCUCCAUCUUUGGGAUCAGCUGUGGAGAGGUGUGGAAACUAGUCCGUGUGAUGAGGACCCACAGCCGACCCACCUUUGGAGCCAGAAACACGGGAGGUUAGAAGUGACCAGCAACACAUGUUUUUUCAAACUUCCACCAAUUUUCAUUUGAUGUUGAACAUUUUUAUUUUUUUUUUUUUUCGGUUUGUUUGUUCUGAUAAUUUUGUAAAGAAUUUUUUAAAGGACAAAAAAAAGAAAAACUGAGAAAAGGCAAGGAGUUUAUCUAAAUUUAUAGAUGAUAUAAGCUUGUACGCUAGACGAACUGAGUAGGAAAGCUACCCUUUAAAAGGGCGAGGAAAAAAAAAAGAAGAAAACAAAGGAAGAGUUGAGGAGGUCGUCCUCAACGAAGGUGUGGAUAUUGUCUUUGCAUCUUUUUAAUUUUGGACAUCACGAGGAAACGCAGAGUCCUCCGCGGCCUUCUGACACCGCAGAGGAGACCGAGGGACCCGACGUGCACUCCCAUGUUUCCCCAAGGAGAGAAAAUAAAUUAAAAAACCAUGAAAUGGGACGUUUGGCAUAGACUGAUGUCAAAAAUCAUUCAGACUGAAAACUCGCAAGAAAAAAAAAAAAACAACUUUUUUUUUUUUUCAUUGCAAGUAAUUUUCUAUAUUGUGUGAAAUUUUGUGAUGAAGAAUUCCGUCUCACCAUGCUUCCUCUCACUGUAGACAAAUUUCUCUUUUCGUUCACGGUGAAAUAUUCACAGCCUGCCAAAUGGAACUCUUCCCAGUCACGAUCCUGUACUGUACAUAUCAGACGCACUCGACCUGCCAUAACGCGACGACUCAGAAACUGAAACAACUGAAACGACAGGGAGGAUUGAAGUUGUUGUCACUGUCACUUCCUGUCUUUAUUCUGUGGAAAAAAAAAAAAGCUUGUGGAGAAAAAAAAAACAACAACAGCAAACACAAAAAGUAACAGGUUCUACUGUUUACAUACACAUACAUGUGGUGUGCACCAUUACAGCAUCUUCCUUCAUCUCCAACACACACACACACACACACACACACACACACGCCACGUGCACAGUGGCUCCCGAAGCGUCGGGACUCGUGUUUGAUAGCAUGCUGAGUGAGUGGUUAAUUUCACAGUGCUUUGAUUUGCUGCAAUUACUAGAACUCUGUUUGGUAAGAGCUUGGAUUUGACACACUUUACGGAGUAUAAUGUGGCUGCAUUAUAUUCAGCGUUUCUUCUUCUUCUUCCAGUUUUUCCUUUUUUGAAAAGACGUUUUUAUGUUUAAAGUAUUAAAGUUUUGAUACCACACAUGGUUAUUUUACACACACACACACACACACACACACACACACAAACACACAGAGUCAUGAAUAGACUUUACAAUCAGGCGUUUGUUGAAUUAAAAAACAAAAAUGCAGCGUGUUAUAUUUUUGCAAUUUCUGUAUGGAUAUUAUUGAAUUGUUAUUAUUAUUACUUUUAGUUUUUUUUUUUGUUUUUUUUUUUCUGCACUGAGUCUAUUGUUCGACUCCAACAAACACUCUGGAUCUUCCAUCAAUGCUUCGACAUUUACUUUGAAUCAUGUUGGUGCACAUGUAGAUAAACAGCGUUUCCCUGUGGCAGGUUUUCAUUUUAUAGACCGUAUAUGCAUUUAUUGUGUGGCUUCCUGUCUCAUGAGUACAGAGCUGUCAAUCAUUGUUCGGGUCGUCGUUGGUGUAAAAGGGGAAAAGAUGGCGUUCGUAGCGACGACGCAGGGAUUCCCUGGAGUCGCUGAAGUGGGCAGGGGUUUAUGUAUACAGCCAGUAAGUGAUAUCAGCAGCGCGGAGUUCCUGCCGGGCCCCGCUCCGAGACCUGACAGCCAGACACAGACGUCCAGCUGUGAACCAUCGGUCAGAUGUGUCCGGUCACAGCGGGGCGGCCGCACCCCGAUCACAGCCGCUCUGUCCAGGCACUGAUUCCACCCUCUCUCCCCUUGAUCACACACAUGCCUGUCGGCCACCUGUCUGCCGCUCCCACUGAUCUCCGCACAGUCGGCUUUCAGCAGUUGUCCGGUUUUGUCUCUGCGACUUUAUAAGCGUCAACAGCAGCCGGCGAACUGACACUCAUCGGCAGGGGCAGUUGUGUCUUGUCUUGUCCUGAUGCUGCAUGCCACGUGUGAAAUUAAAAAAAAGAGACUGGACAAAGUUUCCACGUUCGCUCAAACCAAAUCCUCAGAGUUGACCUGAGGUUUUUGUGGUGUCACUACAGACAGCUUUAGCCCCAAAGCCCCGGUUGAAGAAAGCGAGAACCCCUGUCGUCUUACCUUUCAUUAUCCCCGGCUCUCCGGAGAAUUCAAGGACAUGAGUGGAGGGAUUUUUAUUCUCUUUCUGCUCCAUAAUCCCCUCCUCGCUUGUUUUUUUUUUCAUCUGCAGUGCAACACAUCAGAACGAAUAUUUUCCCUGGGAGCUUUUAUAACAUGAAACUAGGAGGAGGACAAUCACGAGCUGUUAGUCACAGCUGAGGAGCGACUGAGGAGUGAUGCUGUGACCUAAAUGCCACUGAUGCCAACAUGCUUCUUAAACCCAGCUAUAGACCGUCUUCCCUUUUCCAUUUCUCAAUGCUUAACAGCUCAUCAGUUUUACUUUUGCGAGGCUUCUCACGGUACGGCGAAUAUUCCGACGUCAGGAAAAACGCUUAAUGUUGUUCGAGAAAUUAAUCUAAAGUACACACGAGGCGGGCGAGUUUCUGCUCCGGCCCCAUUAAAGCUCAUUCAGAUGCUUGUCCACGGACGCUGCCAAGACUGUGAGUUAUUAAUCAAGCAAUUAUCCUUGAACUUUGCUUCAAGGAAGUACCUUAAACAGGGUGGGCAGGCGCGCUUAUGGCCAAGACAUAAAAUAGUGCUGAAGCUGACUUUAUGUUGCAUACUGUCAGUAUUUUCUUGCCGCAGAGAGGAUACUUUUUCUGUUGAACUCCCUCUGAAGGGUUUGUUUUUCAUUUUAUCUGAAGGAGUUUUAAGGUUUUUGAUUGAAUGUGGAGUGUUUGAAAGCACUGCAUUGAGUAUUUAUGUAUCUUUUUUUUUAUUUUGAUGGCACAGAAGAGACGUAUUGUUGCAGUUCAAGCUGAGCAGUGGUAGCGUGAAGAAGAGACUGACGCACUCAUGUCAAGUGUUUCAAGUGGUUUGUUACUUCCUAUUUCAGCAGCAGACCGGCCGCUUUCUUUACAAUAAAGCCCAAGAUGUGAAAAAAACAUUAAACCCCCCGACGUCCAAAUACAAGUAUUGAAAAAUGCAUAAAAAGCAAGUUAGUGAUUCAUCUUUUUUAUGGAGGGCAUAUUUCUAAAAGAAAUCUUACUUAAUGUGGUGAUUAUUCUUUUAUCGCCCGCCUCAAUCAGACUGAAUAUUUCAUUCAAGUGAAAUUAUUGUCCAUUACUGUAAAUGGCUUCCACAGUAUUGGAUCACGGGGAAACUUAAAUCCACCGUGUGUCGAUUCAGGAUUUGAGGUAUUUGUGCCCUUUUUGUUUAAUUAAUUCCCCCUUUGAAUCAGCUGUUUACUUUCCAGACACAAUAUUUAACUUUUCAGAUGUAGUUUUACUGUAAAUAGUUACAGUACCACAAAUCUGCCAUCCACACACAGACUCCAGCUUCUCCUGUCUAAAAAACUUUCUGCAGUGUGGUCCCGACACCCGUGACAGUUUCACACAACGUUUGCCGACUGCAACUUUCAGCAAAACACACUCUCCUCUUAACAUCUGUGAAGCAAAGUAAAAACCACUCCUGCCCUCACCGUGUGCCAAUUUCUGAAGGACGGAGGAAAACCGUUAAGUCUCAGCGUUACUGUUACAUGAUCGUGUGCAUAAACACGAGCCGUGCCAGGUUGUACCCACUGGGCUGCGUUUGAACGCCGCCCAACUAUACAGCAUGGUCAGAGCGAGAGGCCUGCCUCCUGCUGUGGCGCACAGAAAAUGGCUCCUUUUUUAAAUGGGUGCAGCACGAAGGCACCAGAGCACCCUCUGCUGCCGUGGUGGUCACAUGUAGCUUGUUGGAUUGACACUUUCAGGUGCAGAUAGUCUGUGAAUGCUGCGGCAGGCUGAGCUCCAGUGUUCAGGACUCUUCAGCGGGGCCGGCUGCUGCUGCUCAGAACAAGCCUGUGUCUUUCCCUCGUUUGGACAAACUUUGAUGCCACUACGCCAACCCUGCCACCUGUGUUCCCCCACAUGACCCUGUGUUCCCCUCUGUUGCCCCCCUCCCACACCCUCCCUGCCCCUGAACACCCCCCUCCCACUGCCUCUCUGGCUGUUGGUUAGUACAGGCAGGGGUCCUCCACAUGUUCCCCCCGUCCUCUAAAGCCCACAUUGUAGACCAGUGCCGGUUCAGACCACUGUGACUGAUGUGGGCCAUCCUGUAUUUCUGUAUAAAUGUAUAUUGACUGUAACCCUGUGAAUGAUGUAACAAUUUCAUUAUUUGUAAUAUUGUCAUUGGUUUAUUUUCUAAAAAUGGAAAGCCCAACUUGACUCUCCUCAAUAAAAAAAUAAGAUCUGUUAUAAAA